ACUCUCAUUGUUGGCAGUGGCAGCGCAGACAGACAGACAGUGUGACUGAGGCUCAACUGUGAUGAGUUUAAGCAUCAGAGUCAUCAGCUGUUGAUACAGCCGGUGUGUGUGAGAGAGAACAGAGAGAGAGAAGAGAGAAACGGAAGAAACAGAGCGAGGCGCUGAAAGGAUACGACUAUGCUGUGCUGUAUCAGGAGAACUAAGCCGGUUGAGAAGAACGAAGAGGCCGAUCAGGAGAUCAAGCAGGAUGGAACCAAACCUGAGGAGAACGCCCACAAGGCCGCCACCAAGAUCCAGGCCAGCUUCCGCGGACACAUCACCCGGAAAAAGAUGAAGGACGGAGAGAAAGACGAGGAAAACGACGCCACUCUGGACGAGUCUGCUGAGGCCGAGGAGGAGAAGAAGGAGCGAAUCUCUCCGUCCGAGGAGAAACCGGCCGAGGUUUCCACGGAAACAGCAGAAGAGAACAAACCGGCCGAGCAGCCUAACUCACCUGCUGCUGAAGCCCCACCCACCCCCGCUGCUGACCCGGCCCCCUCAGACACGCCCGCUAAAGAGGAGGCGCCAGAGCAGCUGCAGGAGGCGGAGAAGCCGAAAGAGGCGGAGAACACGGCGGCAGAGAACCCCGCCCUUGAAGUAAACACACAGGAGGAGGAGAAGAAAGAGGAGGAGAAGAAGGAGGAAGCCAAACAAGCCGAUGUGCCUGCCGCCGAGAGCCAGGAGACAGACCAAAUAGACAAAAAAGAGAGCGUGGAAGACUCCAAACCAGCAGAGGAGGCUGUUUCAGACGAGAACGUUUAACGGACGACCAGUGAAAUGUAAAACCCUAAGUAACCGACAGACUGCUCGAUGAUAAAGACGGUCUGUUUUUAUGUUUGUCCUCUCUUUUCUGGUGUGGCAAUGAUUUUCUGAGGUGUGGAGGGGGUUUUCCAGUGCAGAUCGAUCGCAGACGGACACAAGCCUCCAUCUGUCCAGCUCCGUCCGGAGCUCAUCGCAUGAGAACCCGUCCUCCAGAGACCAGAACCUUCUCACACGCACCCAACUAAUACAUGUGGCUUCUUUUAAUGUCCUUGGUGUUGUUAUGAGCGUUUAAUUGGAGAUAUUGCUGCACUGAUGUUAAAAAUUGAGAAAAUUCAACAAAAAGAAAACGCGCCAGCCUUUCUGUUCAAGUGAGUUUGAAUCUAAGGAGUAAAAUUGUGGAAAAUGGUUUCAUGUCUGUUUUCAAAAUAAAGAAAUGUGCCAAUUA